CUUCACCCCAAUAGAAAGAAGAAAAACCAGUUUCACUCACUCACUUCCCUCACUCUCACCACCACCAUGAACUCCAUCGCCCUCAAAUCCUUCGUCGGACUCCGCCAAUCCUCGCCGGAAGCCCCCCAUUUCUCCGUCCAGCUUAAGCCCAAUGCCCCCCGCCGCAACUUCAAAGUCCUCGCCGGAAAAUUCAGCCCCAAGCUCCAGGGCCGGAACCUCCGCGUGGCGGUUGUCGGAGGCGGCCCAGCUGGUGGAGCUGCGGCGGAGACUCUCUCCAAGGCCGGAAUAGAAACGUUCCUCAUCGAGCGUAAGAUGGAUAACUGCAAACCCUGCGGCGGAGCUAUUCCGCUGUGCAUGGUGGGUGAGUUCGACCUCCCGCUUGACAUCAUCGACCGCAGGGUAACCAAGAUGAAGAUGAUUUCGCCGUCGAAUGUGGCUGUUGACAUUGGCCGGACGCUGAAGCCGCAUGAGUAUAUUGGUAUGGUUAGGCGUGAGGUGCUGGAUGCUUACCUGAGGGACCGGGCGAAGCAGAAUGGGGCGGAGAUUAUCAAUGGGUUGUUCUUGAAAAUGGAUGUUCCGGUGGAUAAGGUGACGCCGUAUGUGCUUCAUUACACCGCAUAUGACGGCAAAACUGGUGGGCUUGGUGAGAAACGGACCUUGGAGGUUGAUGCUGUCAUUGGAGCUGAUGGGGCGAACUCAAGGGUUGCUAAGUCCAUUGAUGCUGGUGAUUAUGAAUAUGCCAUUGCAUUUCAGGAGAGGAUAAAAAUUCCGGAUGAUAAAAUGGCUUACUAUGAGGACCUUGCGGAGAUGUAUGUGGGUGAUGAUGUUUCUCCUGAUUUUUACGGGUGGGUGUUUCCUAAAUGUGAUCAUGUGGCUGUUGGCACUGGCACUGUGACACACAAGGGAGACAUCAAGAAGUUCCAACUAGCAACCAGGAAAAGAGCUGAGGACAAGAUUUUGGGGGGCAAGAUCAUCCGAGUGGAGGCACACCCCAUCCCUGAACAUCCAAGGCCGCGAAGAUUGAAGGGAAGAGUAGCCCUGGUGGGCGAUGCUGCUGGCUAUGUGACCAAAUGCUCUGGGGAAGGAAUCUAUUUCGCAGCCAAGAGCGGGAGGAUGUGUGCAGAGGCGAUCGUUGAAGGUUCAGAGAAUGGGAAGAGGUUGGUGGAAGAAGGGGACUUGAGAAAGUACUUGGAGAAGUGGGAUAAGACUUAUUGGCCAACUUACAAGGUCUUGGAUGUGCUUCAGAAGGUGUUUUACAGGUCUGACCCUGCGAGGGAAGCGUUUGUGGAGAUGUGUGCUGAUGAGUAUGUGCAGAAGAUGACCUUUGAUAGCUAUUUGUACAAGACAGUGGCACCUGGAAAUCCAUUGCAGGAUAUCAAGUUGGCUAUUAACACCAUUGGGAGCUUGGUGAGGGCCAAUGCUCUGAAGAGGGAGAUGGAAAAACUUAAUGUAUGACCAUAGUCAUUAUUUCCCUUACCCUGAUACUAUCAAUUUUUUUCUUGCUGUUGUGAAUUUCGUAGUAUAUGUGACAAUCUUAUAAGUGAUAGCUAUAUCUGUGUAAGCAAACGGAUGAAAAUUUCAUGCAAUCCUCCCAUAUAGCAGAGGUUGAUUGAAAUGAGAAAGCACUUGCUUAAGUAUA